UAGGUUCAAUCUGUUUUCAGCUUUAUUGCUCAAACACGUAUUACCUCUGACAGAAAUAGACUGCAGUCAUCAGCAAAGGAAGUGUGGGGUUUGGAUUAAAGAGACGAUCCACCCAGCCAGAACGGCAGGACCAGCCCACCUGCUACUUUCUUUUCAUUGUGCAACCUUGGUUGUAUACUGACAGAAUAACUUACUUUGUACCUUGAAGAGCAACAGAGGAGGGAUCCCUCUUCCAGGAUGAGAUACAAUAAAUGUUGUAUGUACAGAAUAGACCAAAACAACAAUAUGUACAAUAGAAUGAAUAGUAUAGGUAGACUGUAAACGUAUAUGAAGAAUAUGAAUCAGGGAGGACAUGGAGCAACUUCCAGGAGCCAGGACCAAGAAUGUCUGUACAAGAUUUUAUUUGUCCAUCCAUCCAUCCUUUGGUCCAGGUCCAUUCCAUGUGGACUAAAGUAGUGGACGGACAGACAUUACCAUCCAUAAAGCAACACUGCUAGUGUGUCUAAAGAGUCAUUCAACAGCAGACAGGUUUUUGUAUUAGUCUCUCUCACUGUGGGAGGGAGUUGGGACUCCCUCCUUAGAUACUACUACUACAUCUUUGGCUCUGGAACUAAACUGUAUGUAACAGAUAAGCAGAUAGUGAAGCCCGUGGCGAGCGUGUACCCAGCAGCAUCCAGAGCCCACCUGGAGGGGAAGAGCUCCCUGCUGUGUGUGGCCUCAGACAUGUUUCCUCCUCUGGUGCAGUUCUCCUGGAAAAGACAAAAGGACAGUGGUCCUCUGGAGAAGGUGACCUCUGCUGACACAAAGCAGCUGAAGCUCAAAGAGUCGGGAUGUACAGCCACCAUCUUGCAGAUCCCUCAGCAAGAGAGCAGCACAUAUAAAUACCGCUGCUUCGUCCAUCAUGAGGGGGACACAGUGGAGGCCCAAAUAAAACAAGGGGUUUCUACACUUCCGCCACCUACAACUUCACCAUCACCUCCACCGUCACUUCCACCAUCACUCCAACCAUCACUUAUUCCAUCACCUCCACCAUCACUUAUUCCAUCGUCUCCAACAUCGCUUCCACCAUCACUUAUUCCAGCGCCUCCAGCUUCUGCCCCGUCUCAGUACCAGGUGAAGCUGCUCUGUCUGAUGUACACAGUGCUGAUAGUGAAGAGUCUGGUGUACUGCUGUGGACUCUCUCUGCUGAUGAUCCUCAGAAACAAGGGACCGUCCACCAACUGCACACAUGCUGACUGACUGUUUUCUGCUCUCCUUUUCUCUCCGUCAAAUCUCAUCAAUUCAUCUCAUUUAUCACUUUGAUCAGCAGCCAGAAAUUUCAAUUUAGAUAUAAAUUGGGAAACCAAUCUUUUUAUAAACAGGUUUGAUAAAGUGCUCCAAAAAAUAUAAAUACAUACACAUACAUAUUUGCAGUUAGUGAGUGUAAAUUCUGUGCUACUGUAGUGUUAAUUGAGUUUAGUUUGGCUCUAGUUUAUUUCCAAUUUUUUAAUUGUGACUCGUAUGAUCAUAGAAAAGCUGAAUCAUUAUCUGUCUGCUAGAUAUUCACUGUUUAUUUUUUUCUAUGUUCUUAUUUUGCAAAUUUCAGUUUGGCUUCAUAGCAAUAAAGUUAGAAACACAAUCAAUGUCACUGGCUUUGUGCUGAGCCCCUUUUAUAAUUGUGUCAGUGUGGAUGUAAAAUUCUACGCUGAUGACACUGUUAUUUCCACACAUGAACAAACAGCAGAGCGAGCUGCUUUGAAGCUUCAACUGUUAUAAAAUGAUGAUACCGUUGCUUGAUCAGUUGGUUUGAAGUUUGAAUGUUGGCUAAAUGAUGAUUGUGUAUAUUUUUUAUAAACAGUUUGACAACGAUGAAAUGGAUUAGUAUAGUUACUGAUUAUACUUUAAUUACGAUGUAUUAAAGUAAAGACAGCAUCACAAAAUGCUUCAUAAAGAAACACAAAAGUUAUACAUUGUAAAAAAAAAAUUUUAAAACCUUCUAUUUGACAUAAUUUAUAAUAAAAUUCUAAUUUGAAACAUGUUCAAUAAGAACCAAUAAAUGAGAAAUUAUCUUUGUAUUGAUGAUGUUAGAAAUGUAUGCAGGCUGUGAUCCUUUCCCACAUGUCCUAAUAUGUUGUAUUAUGUUACAAGUUGGAGUCAGGCUGGAGAAACUGCCAUUAAACUAUCACCUUUACAGAAUCAAUAAAACUGUUUGAAUUAAAGACAA